AUGGAGGGUUACUACGAGACCAGCGACGACAGCUGCAGGGGCCACUGGACACGGCAAGUGCUAUGUGGCAUGGACUCCGAAGCACGUGCAGACCCAGCUGUGGUGGUGCAGCCAGAGUGCUUGGAGGAACUCGGCCUGCCUCCGUGGUUGGCUCGACAGGCAGCGCAGGCAUAUCCGCACGACUUGGCUCGCGCUGCUGACUGGGCCUUUGACUCCAUAUCUCGACACAAAGCGCCUUGUAUCAGACACGAAGCGAGCCCCACGUGCUUGCGUGCUGCAUUCGCUGCUGUCGCAGAUGGUGGUGAAAUAGAGGAAGACGACCGGAGAUCAGCAGCUGCCGCCGCAGUUGACCUGUUAUAUGACAGAGCAGGUGAUAUUGCUCCCAGACUGCCGCCCUCGCCGUCCACCAGCCAUGUCAGUGCCGUCCCGACUACGGAUGCUGCGCCCAGUGACCGAGAGAAGGCUUUUUGUGAAGAAUUCUGGAAACGGCGGCAGACAGCCUUAGAUGAACAUGUUGGUCGACUCCUGGAGCAUCAUACGCGAGCGGACCUGAGCGUAGACGGCGUGCGCAGCUUGUUCGAGCAGCUACCUGCGGAGUGGCCGGAUGAGGACACCUCCUAUGACUCCAUGAGACUUGUGAUGCGUCGAGAGCUCCAGAUUUUGCGGAGCAGAGCUCAAAGCACCUGCAACCAUGCAAUUGCGGACGCGGCCCAGCAGCCGUUGGACUUAUGCCGGCUGAUGCCAUGCUUUAGCUUGGCAGUGAUCAUUCGGUUCAGCUCUGCUUGUGGGUUUCCCGAGGAAUUUGUCUUCGGUUGGCUGCUUUCCUUUGGCACAUGGCUUCUGCACAAGGACAACCCCGAGCGAUUCACGAUGGCAUUGGCGCAGUAUUCACACGAUCCUCGCGUAUGCGGGGGCUGGGGCUGGUGCACCGGUUCAAUUACUUUUGGGCUGACGGCAUGGAUGCCUCAGACGAUGAGACUGAUCCUGUUUGUUUUAGAUGUGCCCUCAGCUUUCUUCAGGAGGUGUGGGUGUCUGGGCGGCAGUCGCAGCACCAGCUUUGCGUUGCGUUUCUAG